GACUGCGGAGUCGAGGCUGAGCUCGGCGCGCGCUUGGGUAGCGUUGCGCGCGGCUGGGCCCGCGGCCGUCGGCUCCUCCUCCCACUCUGCUCCUCCUCCUUUUUCCUCCUCCUCCACCUCCUCCGCCGCCGCCUCCUCCUCCUCUUCCUCCUCCUCCUCUUCAAUUCUCCCAGUGGCUCGGCUCAGCUCGCAGGCUUCGUGGAGACCCCUACUCCAGUUCGCCUUUGGUUGGGAACACACCCCGGGGGGAAGAGACGUGCAGGCAUCUGGGCCGCCGGCACCUAGCUGUUCCUGGGUGAACCCCGACUGCAGCCACCGCCGCCUGGGGCAGAGUUUGCGCCCCUGAUUUGCGCCCUGGGCGCCAGAGCCCAGUGAGCGAUGCCUGCGGCGUGAAAGCGCCCACAGCGGGCGCCGACCUCUGCCCUGGUCUCCCGCCCCCACCUCACCCCCUGCCCUUGUGACCCUGGCUUCGGCGCCGCCGUCCAGGCGCCCCGCGAUGUAGCUGCCCCCACGCCUCGGCGGGAGGCGUCCUGGCCCGCGGGCGCCCGCGGCCCGGAGCCCAGCCUGGGGGCGCAGCCGAGCUCGGGCGGGGCCGGGGCCGCGGUGGCGAUGCACUGGGCCGGUUAACGCCGGGAGCGCCAGGCAGCUGAGGCGGGGGGCAAGCCCUUCCUCGGGGCAGCCGCGUCCCCGGUCCCGCCGCGAUGCUGUUCCACAGUCUGUCGGGCCCCGAGGUGCACGGGGUCAUCGACGAGAUGGACCGCAGGGCCAAGAGCGAGGCUCCGGCCAUCAGCUCCGCCAUCGACCGCGGCGACACGGAGACGACCAUGCCGUCCAUCAGCAGUGACCGGGCAGCGUUGUGUGCUGGCUGUGGGGGCAAGAUCUCUGACCGCUACUACCUGCUGGCAGUAGACAAGCAAUGGCACAUGCGCUGCCUCAAGUGCUGUGAAUGCAAGCUCAACCUGGAGUCGGAGCUCACCUGCUUCAGCAAGGAUGGCAGCAUCUACUGCAAAGAAGACUACUACAGGCGGUUCUCUGUGCAGCGCUGCGCCCGCUGCCACCUGGGCAUCUCGGCCUCAGAGAUGGUGAUGCGUGCUCGGGACUUGGUUUAUCACCUCAACUGCUUCACAUGCACCACGUGUAACAAGAUGCUGACGACCGGCGACCAUUUCGGCAUGAAGGACAGCCUGGUCUAUUGCCGCUUGCACUUCGAGGCUCUGCUGCAGGGCGAAUACCCGGCACACUUUAACCACGCCGACGUGGCAGCGGCGGCAGCCGCAGCCGCAGCAGCUAAGAGUGCAGGAUUGGGCUCAGCCGGGGCUAACCCGCUGGGUCUUCCCUACUACAACGGCGUGGGCACUGUGCAAAAGGGGAGGCCGAGAAAGCGCAAGAGUCCAGGACCCGGGGCAGAUCUGGCAGCCUACAACGCCGCGCUUAGCUGUAACGAGAACGAUGCGGAACACCUGGAUCGUGACCAGCCCUACCCCAGCAGCCAAAAGACAAAGCGCAUGCGCACCUCCUUCAAGCACCACCAGCUUCGGACAAUGAAGUCUUACUUUGCCAUUAACCACAAUCCUGAUGCCAAGGACUUGAAGCAGCUCGCGCAAAAGACCGGUCUCACCAAGAGAGUCCUCCAGGUCUGGUUUCAGAAUGCCCGGGCCAAGUUCAGGCGCAACCUUUUACGGCAGGAAAACACGGGCGUGGACAAGACGUCAGAUGCCACGCUGCAGACAGGGACGCCGUCAGGGCCCGCCUCGGAGCUGUCCAACGCCUCGCUCAGCCCCUCCAGCACGCCUACAACCCUCACAGACUUGACUAGCCCCACCCUGCCGACUGUGACGUCAGUCUUAACUUCUGUGCCUGGCAACCUGGAGGGCCACGAGCCCCACAGCCCUUCACAAACGACUCUUACCAACCUUUUCUAAUGACUCGCCACCCCCUUCUCCCCGAGCCCCCACGAUUUCUUUAAAAAAGAAAUUAUCUUUAGUUGAAUUCCAAGUGUAUUUUAAAAAUAGAGGUUUGAGCAACUAACUAACCACGUUUUAGGAUCUCGCCUGGAAACAGAGGGAAAAAAGAAUUGUGCGUCGGGCUAACGCAGCGGUGUGUGCUGAGGAAUUACUUGGGAGAUAUAUCUGCAACACAACAUUUGUGUCCCUGUACAGUUUUGUGGACUGAGCGAGGAAAACAACAAAUAAUUUAAGUUGGCUGAGAGCUUCCGUAUUUUCAAAGACUGCCACGUGCCUUAGGAAUACUGUUUUAUCUUCAUACUUUGGAUGAAUUGUUCGUUUUUUUUCCUCUCCCUCUUUUUCUCUCUGUAUAUUUAUGACCAGAGCAAAAUGUAAAAAAGGAAAAAACAAAAAAACAAAAAAUGUUUGUUACUUUGAAUAGUCCUAAAAA